AUGCUUUUCAUGAUCGUCCCGGUUAAGUCCACCGCCGACCUCUCAACCCACACGGGAUUCAGCCCACGCGGGAUUCUGCCCACGGAAUUCAGCCCACACGGAAUUAAGCCCACACGGGAUUCAGCCCACGGAAUUCAGCCCACACGGGAUUCAGCCCACGCGGAAUUCAGCCCACACGGGAUUCAACCCAUGGAAUUCAGCCCACGCGGGAUUCAGCCCACGGAAUUCAGCCCACGCGGGGUUCAGUCCACACGGGAUUCAGCCCACACGGGAUUCAGCCCACUGAAUUCAGCCCACACGGGAUUCAGCCCACACGGGAUUCAGGCCACGGGAUUCAGCCCACACGGGAUUCAGCCCACACGGGACUUAACUCACGGGCCCACACUGUUGAGUUGA